CCUUGUUUUGACCCUAGCAAGGGCUGUGUGGGAAGUUUGUGUCUCUGAUAGAGCUGAAGCAUUGCUCUGCGGAGUGUCUGGAGCCUAAGUGUAUGCAAAGAAACUGAUAAAUAGGGAAAAGGCCCCGUUUCCUCCAGUUGAAAAUCAGAGUUGAAGUAACUGUUGCAUCUCAGAUUCCCUCUAGGAAGAGAAGGCAUUCUCUCUGGGGCAACUGUAUGUUUCCUCCUCAAAGGUACAUCCUAUACCAAAGUGAAUGAAACUGUGGGAGCUGGAACAGAAUAUGGCAAAUACCUUUGUCACUGUACCUGAUGGAUAUUGUCUUGCCGAACCCAUUCAGUAUUAUGAUGUUUUGCCAGAGCACAUCAAUUAUCAGCUGCAAGAUACAGACUUUCAGCCUGCUCCUUACUGCCAGUAUUCACCAGUACAGUUUCCUCCAGUGUUACCGUCACAACCUUCUCAGCCCCAAUACAGCAUGUAUAGCCUGGACUCUCAGUACGGUGAUGGGCAGUACAUAAUAAGUAAUUGUGAAUUAAACAAACCUCCCUGCAUGAUUGCUCACACUGAUGAGGAUGGAUAUCAUGGGCUAAAACGACCAAGAAUAAGUCACUCCUCCUUGCGUGUGAAGGGACAGGAAGAGUUCUGUGUUGUGUGUGGAGACAAGGCCUCUGGAUACCACUAUAAUGCACUCACUUGUGAAGGCUGUAAAGGAUUCUUUCGACGUAGUAUCACCAAGAAUGCAGUGUAUAGAUGUAAAAACGGUGGCCACUGUGAAAUGGACAUGUACAUGCGACGGAAGUGCCAGGAGUGUCGCCUGAAGAAGUGUAAGGCUGUGGGAAUGCUGGCAGAAUGUUUGCUAACUGAAGUCCAGUGCAAGUCAAAGCGACUCAGAAAAAACUGCAAACAGAAAAGCAGUUUCCUUUGUAAUGUCAAGGUAGAAGAUGAGGGAGUGAACAACAAACAUGUAUCGUCCACAACAAAAGUCCAAGAAAGGAUGGAACUUACUCCAGGGGAACAUCAGAUUAUUGAUCACAUCGUUGCAGCCCAUCAAAAAUACACAAUUCCCUUGGAGGAAGCCAAAAAGUUUCUACAGGAAACUGCAAACCCUGAAGAGAGUUUUUUGCGGCUCUCAGAGACUGCAGUGGUUCAUGUGCAAGUACUGGUGGAUUUUACAAAGAGACUUCCAGGAUUUGAAAGCUUAGCCAGCGAUGACCAGAUUGCACUACUAAAAGGUUCCACAGUUGAAGCAAUGUUUCUGCGUUCAGCCCAGAUAUAUAACCAGAGAGCUAAUGAAUGUCAGUCAUCAGUGGGUGAAAGUCACGUAAGAUUUUCUGAUCAUACUACAUGUUGUCAUGAUCAAGACCUUGAUAAAAGUACCGUUUAUUCCCUGGAAAUGUCUCACAGCGAAGACAGUCCAACUUCCACCACUACCACAGGAAUCACUGAGGAAUUUAUCACGGCAUUAUUUUACUUCUACAGAAGCAUGGGAGAACUUAAUGUGACUGAGACAGAAUAUGCCCUGCUUGUUGCAACUACUGUGUUUUUUUCAGACCGUCCGCUCCUCAGGAACAAGCAACACGUGGAACAGCUUCAAGAACCGCUGCUGGGCAUUCUGUACAAGUACUCCAAGAUCCACCACCCCGAGGACCCCCAGCACUUUGCCCGCCUCAUCGGGAGACUGACUGAACUCAGGACCCUCAACCACAACCAUGCUGAGGUGCUGGUGACCUGGAGAGCGAAGGACCCCAGGCUGACCUCUCUGCUCUGCGAGAUUUGGGAUCUACACUGAGUCCCCCCUCCAGCAAGGGUCUCCUUGCCCUUAGUUGUGCCCCGGGCUACGCGCUUUGUGUAACCGCUGCUGACACGCGGCCAUCCUCUCUGAUGCCUGUAGUAGCCGCCAUGAAUGUGUACCACACAAGGCUUCUCUGCUUUGGUUUGGAAAUAAAUAUGUGACUGCUUU